GCGCACGUAGAGCCAGGGCGCUAGCACGAGCAGCGUCCAAUCAGCAGCAAGCAUCUAGUACAGUAGCCCCACAUAGACGACUGUCUCCUCUCUCUCUCUCUCUCACAAAGCCCGACGUCAUGCCAAAUUUCUGAUUCCGGAUCACGCUGCAUCAGCGACUCUCACACCAGCUUGCCGACCAAGAUUCCGUCACGCACUCACAGCAACCAUGGACUCACUCACAGCCUCUGAGCAGCGCGAGCUGCAGUCGCGCAUGGAGAAGAAGCAGAUGAAGGAGUUUAUGAACAUGUACUCGAACCUGGUGCAGCAAUGCUUCGACCACUGCGUCAACGGCUUUGAGAGCAAGUCGCUCACGUCGCGCGAGGAAAACUGCGUCAUGCGAUGCGUGGACAAGCACAUGAAGGGCUCGCAGCGAUUGGGCGACCGGUUCCAGGAGCAGAAUGCCGCCAUGGCACAGGGCGGCGGCAUGGGCGGAAGGUAGAGGCGGAAAUGGCUGGGGCGACGAGGCGACGGGCGAGGUCCGACGUCGAUGGCGAUGGCGAUGACGAUGGUACCAGGUCAGAAUGCGAAUAGCCCGUCAUGUGUACUAUGUGUAUUUCAAGACGGGCCAUGGAGAUGGGGUUGAUGGGUCGAGCGGGAGGAGGCAUUGCAUGUGGGCAAGUCGCUCUGGAAAACUUCUAUCAGGCCCUGCCAUGUUUUUUUGGCCAUGGGGAAGCAUGUAGAUGGUGCUAUCCAGCCAUGCAGGCAGGCAGGCAGCUAUGCGUAGCACGUAUAAUGAAUGCACUGCAGACGACGCUCCUCGACACAAGUCGACUGUUGGGUUCCAAGCGCACUGGACAUGUAUCAAGAAAAAGCAGAAAAA